CCGAUCUCUCCUGAGCUUAAAAACGUACGUUUCGACCUGGCAUCAUCCGCAAGAAUCCGAGUCAAGCCAUGGCUAUUGGUGGACAUGGCCGAACAGGGUCUGGCGGAAAUCGAGGUGGUCAGCGCUGACACCCCAUGGUGUGCUGACUGCCGUCGAUUUUACCACUAUGUGGGCAACCCAGACUGCCCGACGAACUCACGCCAUAAAGAUCAAAGGAAGCAAAAAGGGAAAUCGGGCCAUGAAAAGUCUAAGGAUAAUGCAGAGAAAAACCCCAAGGGGAAGGAAAAGGAGAAGGGGAAGGAGAGGGGAAGAAAGGAAAAGGACAAAGGUAGUAGGGAGAAGGACGGUAGAAAGAGUUCGGACCGGGAUAAAGAAAAAGAAAGGGAGAAAGAGUCACAUUAUCCUACUACAGGGCGGGAGCUGGUAGUGUGGAAGGAACGCUCUAAGUUUACUUACCAAGAAGUCCUCAAAGGAACAGAGACACAUCAGAAGGAGACGAACGAAAGGGAAGUGGAGAAAGAGAAGGAAAGGGAACAAAAGGAAACGGAGCUGAAGGAGGAUGGAAAGAAUAAACAGGAAGAUGAGGAUAUGGAGGAGAAGGGCAUAAAGGAAGAGGACCUCGGGGACAUGGAAGAGAAAAAUGGGGUAAAUCAUGAGGAGGAAGAAGAGAAACAGGAAGAAAGGACAGAGGGGGAGAUAGAAGAGGAAGAAGAGGAAGACGAGAAGGAAGAGGAGGAGGAGGAGGACGAGGAGGACGAGGAGGAAGAGGAAGAAGAAGAAGAGGAGGACAAUGAAUUACAAAAGGAAAGAGAAAAGGAGGAGGACAAAGGAAAUCCAAGGAGAGAAGAAGGAAAAGACAAGGCGGAGAAUCUAGAUGAGACACCAGGAGAGGAGUUCCCGGUCUCUAGGAUAGGGAAAGCGAAGAAUGAGGAUGGUUUGGAGAAGGUAAAUAAGGAGUUCCCCACCGAAGAGAUAAGGGGAAACCCAAACUCAGAGGAUAUGGGGACGACGAAAAAGACCGUGGGGGACUUAUUGGAGGAGGGGGAGGAGCAAGGAGAUGAGCAAACGGAAGAGGAUUUGGUAGAGGAGGAAGGGAGGAACAACUCGAAGUCGGAGGGAGAAGUAGAUAUAUUGGGCAUAGUACGGGAGACCCUGCAAGGCAGGAUAACAGAAGACAACUCCUGGAAUUCACCACAGGACCUGUUAACCCAGUAUGAUGCGGCUCGAGCUCUGACCCACGGUUCUCUAUCUGGUAAAGCCAAGUUGUACUAUAAUGAUAUGUAUGAGUCUGACCGAAAAAAGGAAGGUCGGCCUGAUCAGGAGGAAGGGGGAUUGACAGAGGAGGUUCAGAAAGAGAGCACAAAGGAAUGGUCAUUCAUAGACACUGAACCUCCCACAGUACCUGGGAAGACAAGGUGUUCGAUACUUAAAGAAGUAAAUCAUAAAAUAAAUCGCAUUGUCAUCCCAGGGGGAUCCCCCUCUAAAAGAGCUCAGAUGAACGACGCCACUGGGGUGAGCACAACUGAGGAGGAAUCAAUAGAAAUCUCACCUGAGAGAAUUCAAAAGAGCGUUGGUGUGGGGCAAAAACGUAGCUACCUUCAUCAGGUAGCUCGAAGGGAGAUCUCACUAUCAAGGCCCAUGAAAACCUUCUCGGAACAAGACAGGCUGAAAGGUGCUGUCGAAAAGUACCUAGUCCCCUUGAUCUGUUCUGAUGUCUCGUCAAAUGACACUCUGGUGCUUACACGGCUCACGAACAACGAGGUGGCUGAAAUACCUGCAAUCCCGGUCAAGGACACUCCUACGGAUGAAGAAAUUGUUGAACUAACGAAAAGGAGUUAGUUACCAAUCAAACAAGCAGAGCUGA